AUGCUACAAUCGAAGUCUAUCCUCGCGACUUUGCUCGCCUUGGGCCUUUUCUUCAAUGGAGCUCAAGCCAUGUUGGACUUCGAGUUCCUCAAAAGACAAAUGGUCGUUGGUUAUGCAUCAGUUCCCAGAGAGCUGGCUGUUUGGAUCAACGAAAGAAACUUUCCAUAUCCAGAGCAUCCCUCAAGGGAAUUGGGAGAAGGCUUUUCUCUAGUGAACGACCCCGGUAAAUUGCAGAGAGUCGGUAGAGAAGAGGAUUGGUAUUGUGUAGUAAAAGGGAGUAAGAGAAGGAUCAGACGCGCCGGAAAACUCUACAUCCCGAACACUUACACAAGUCAAGAAACGGGUGAGGAAAUAGACUUAUGGAAAGCAAACGAACACGAUAUCAUGACGUACUCUGUGACGUUCAAAAGUUUGAAAGAACCUUUUGACGCGUUUCGCUUCGCAUGGGCGCCAAGCUCAAACGACAGGCUGCAAAUGCUUAUUCCAAAAAGAACGAUACAAUCCAUCGAUAUGAAGCUGUGGGCCCAAUGCUUUGAAACAUUAGCUGAGCUAAGGGCAUUCUCGAGCGAAAUCGUCCCAUGGUUCGAUCCAAAAAAGUGGAAAAUUGUAGGAGUCAGUUGA